AAUGUGACGAGAAAUUACCAAGAAACACCCCACUAUAUUCUCCGAACCUACCCUGUAAACGCUCUUUUUUUCUUUGACACGUCCUUAAUGCUAUAUAUAAGAUGCAGUUUUUCCCUUAAUGAUAUAUAGUCCAUCAGUUCUUUACAUGAAUUUCACUACAAUGAAUGUAACAAGUGAUGAUGAUUCCAGAAAACGACCCUUUAAUGGCGAAGUUACAUAUUCAACAACCACAGCCACACAAGACGCCAUAUUCAGAAUUGCAUAUCUGACGGUUAUUUUAAUUUUGCAACUUCCAUCAGAGAGAAUAGACGGGAAUUUUGUACCAACUGUAAUAUUCACAAGAAAGCCUGUCCUGUUUCAAGCAUUUAUGUUUUCACUACUAUUUGCAUUCUCAGGGUCGAUGGCGUCAGAAUCCAUGAAGGAAAAGCAGCCAAAAAUAAAUAGCCUUGUUUUUUCGUAAAAUCGCGUUAUUUUCAGUAGCAGUGGCUAUGGGAGUAUUUGCGUUAUCCAGUGUACUGUCCUUUUAUAAUAUUGAGAUGGUAGCUCCAUCAAGUAGCCAAAUCUCUGGUGCCUGAUUAGAGUACGAAUUGCACUCACUGGUGCUUGUGUUUAUUUUACUGUAUUUUGAUUUUAAAACAAAAACGAACCAAACCAACUCAUUUAUUCUCCUAGUAGAGAGUGUUUUGUCAGUACAUGUUUGUGUAUUUGGAGUAAUCAAGGAGGUAAUUUUGUGAGGGACUGUUAAUAAUAAUAAUAAUAAUAAUAAUAAUAAUAAUAAUAAUAAUAAUAAUAAUAAUAUAGAUAGAUGCUAAAAUCUAUGGCGACCAAAUAAAUGAUGAUUUUAAUGCACUAUAAUAUUUAAUAUAUAAGGAUUGCUUGAAUAGUUCUGGGAUUAGGAUCCCCUUCCGUGAUAGUUUCCUCCAGUUCCUCCGGUGGUGUGCUGGAUUUGUGACAUUUGUCCUGCUGAAGAGUAAACGAAUUAGAUUUACUUUGCUAAAAUAUUCUUUAAUCAUGGUCAAAAGUUUUAUCUUCCUCUGUUAGUUUCCUCUUUGAGAACCCAUGAUAAACUUCUCUUUAUUCCAUUCUCUCCUCUUCCAUGGCUGCGAAAUUUCGUCUAAGGCUUAACUUGGGAAAUUAGGUUGAAUAUCAUCCUAAAAACAUAUUGGAGAUAAACCAAGCAACUUCUUUUUCUUCACAACGUAUCAUAGAUUUCAGUAAAGUAUUAUGUUCCUUUACUUAGAAAGUAGGAAGCAAAAACUUAUGGUGACAAAAAAGUCUCCUAAUUAGAAAUGAUGACAAGUUUGACCAGCCAAGAUCAAAUUUAUCUUAAAAAUGUGAUUAACUUAAGUUGGGACUAGAUUAUAAUUUUUAAAACUUAUAAUCUUUUAAAAAAUACCCAAAAAUCCACACACAUUAUAUAAAAGCUUCUUCCAACCCACUUCCUCCCCCCCCCCCCCCCCCCAAAAAACCCCAACUACUUCUUCAUUUUAUUUCACAAAAAAAAAGGACGGUUCCUCAGGCACUAAGUAGAAAAACCGGCAACCACCCCCACCAUUGCUGCUGCUGCUCGUUCCUCUUCAACAUCAGUGUUCUUUCUCGUUGUUGCUCGUUUCUCUCUCUCUCCAUUGCUGAUGCUUCUCUAUUCAUUCUCAGAUAAAAUGGCUCCAGUUAAAAGAAAAGGAAAGAAACCAACUGAGGGAGAAAGUAGUAAAAGAGCCAAGGUGCAAACACCAUUAAAUAAACUUGUGACUGCUAUUUGUCAAUCAACAAAUCUAGAGGAAAGAGUUAGUGCAACUGGGGCUUCAGAAAGAGAGGAAACCCACGAAACCUCUGUUGGGCAUGAAGAAGAAAGUGAUAAAAAUGAACAAAGUGAAGAAACUAGAGAAGAAAGUGAAAAAGAUGAUGAAAAAUCUGCUGAAGGAGAUGAAGAAAAUGCUGAAGGAGAUGAAGAAGAAGGAGAUGAAGAAGAAAGAGAUGAAGGGGAUGAAGGAGGUUAAGGGGAUGAAGGAGGUGAAGGGGAUUAAAAAACUGAAAAAGGUAAUGAAGAAGAAGAAGAAUCAACAGAUCAGACCUUGGCCGAGUUAAGAAGAAAAAAGAAACAUAAUGUGGAUACCAAUCUUGUUGAGUCUUCUAGUAUUGCCACAUAUCCCAAUAGACCUUCCAUUGACGAGGUCGUCAAGAGUUUCAGCAUUGAAAAGUUCGGCGUGACGAUGUCGCUGAAUGGAAAUAAUGAUUUGUCUGGUGAUUUUGUGGUUAGAUCAAGCACGGGCAAGGGCUUUGACACCUUCAGGGGCAUUCUCCGGCAGCAGGGGUUGGAGAAUUUCUUUAGGGCUAGCUGCUUUGGGCUCUAUUUAGAUUUUCCUGAAGAUACCGGUGCCCGAUUUCAAAUGACAAUGGUUUCUGAGCUUUUGAAGCAUAGGAUUAUUGUGAUAGAAAGGAUGAGGUGUGGAUCAAUUACUGUGGCAUGCCGGUUUGUUUGGCAUGAAGGAGUUUGUCAUAGUUACCGGAUUGAGAUGUUAUCCUUGUGAGCCUUUUCCUACUGUUGUAUUAACCAAGCCAGCCUGGACUCCCAAGGCAGCCAAGAAAAUAAAUGGUUCCAAAGCUAAGAAUGAUGUCUCUUUGGUAAACUUAGUGGGAAAAAGCUACAUUCAAAAGAAAUUGUUGCAAGAUUUGGAGUCCAAAACUUUCUAAAAAAGCACAAAGAGGCACUGUGCUUAGUUUGGUUUGGUUUGUGCACAGUGUUUUUUGGGCAAGAGACGUAAACAACAACGUACCGCUUGGAUUGAUAAACUUGCUGAGGACUAUGAUGCCUUCAACAACUAUGCCUUGGGUUUUAAAAGUUUUAGCUUGAUUGUUGAAUAUUUGAUGAAGGAUUUGAAGCCAAUGGGGAAGACACAAAACCUAUAUGGCUUCCCUUGGGAUUUCAUGGCUUGGGCAUUUAAAGUCAUUCCUCACCUCAGGCAUCAAGGCAAGGAGUACUCCGAAGAAGUUACCUAUCCAAGAAUUCUUAGAUGACUCACUGCCAGGAACAACACAAAAUUGAGUGUUGACCUUUUCAACCCCUCCAAGAAAGCUGUUGUGAAUCCAUAGCUUGUCCCAGCAAUAAGAGGGUUGGAGAUGCCAUGCCUUGUCACCUUGUGCCCAUAGAAUCUGUGCCUAACAGAUUGAUUGAUCGGUUCAAAGGGGAAUUGGCUGGAGUGACAGGCAUCACUAGGGUUGAUGAUGUUGUUGCUGGUGGUGGUGGUCAUGUUGUUGGUGGUGAUGUUGUUGUUGGUGCUGCUGGUGAUACUGUUGGUGGUGCUGAUGCUGUUGGUGGUGUUGUUCAGCCUGUUGAUGUUGUUGUUGUUGGUGGUGGUAUUGGUGAUGAUAUCCCAGCAAGUAUUGCUGGGGAAAAAUUAAGAGAUGAUGAUGCUAAUAUUGGUGGAUUUACUCUAGUUGCUGGAUUUAGUGAUUUUUCCGGAUUUGGUGGUAAUUUUAGUGGUGGUGGAUUGAGUGGUAGAAGAUUUGCUGAUGUUGGUGCCGGUACCUCUAAGGUGCCCUCAUGUGCUUGUGAGUGCACCACUUGCAAGGACAAAAUGGAUAAGUUGAUUAGAAAGGUGGAGGAAUUGGUGCAGGCCCAAGAAGCCACAAACACUUCUAUCCAGAGGUUGAUAUCCAAGAGGGGUAUCAAUCCAUCAAAGAAUCUUUCUCACCUUAUACUCCUGUUCAUGUUCGGAGGAGGGGCAAAGCAAUUGCCAAGACACUUGCAUCAGUUAGAUCAAGAAAAUCUGUUGCUACUCCAGUAAGUCAAUGAAGACUCCUCUUCUCGAUGUUGGGCCAAAAGUGCUAAAGAAGGUUGACAUUUUCAUGCCUGUACAUGCCCAAAGAAAGAAAAAGGUUGAGACUGCAAUUAAGUCCAAAAAGAGUGGGAAAAUCAUGUACUCAAUGCAUGAAUUUGGAGCAGCAGACUUCAAGGCUUUGACAAGCAUGGAAAUUUGGUGGGAGGAUUGGUAUGUAGAUGAAGUCCUGAUUCUAACGCGUAUGAGGCAAAUCAAUUUCCCUGAGUACUAUGAUUCCACUGACAUAAUCAUGGACCUCAACUUUUACAACAACAUGCUCAAAAGGUAUGCAGAAUUGACAAAAGAGAGUACAGUUACAAAUGUCAUGCCUCUGAAGGUUAGACUUGCCGAAUUCAAGUGGGAUGAUGAUAUCGUCGAUUAUUGUAGGGGUGUUAGACCCUACCCGGGUGGCUGCUCGUGGGCUGGUGCAAAGAAGGUUUUAACAGUGAUGAAUAUUAACGUCACACAUUUUGUCACUCUCGAUUUCAUGAUUGAAGAGGGAGUGGUAAAUGUGUAUGACUACAACGUUCCUGUCUAUGACGAAGAUGAUUUAUUUUGUUUCAUGCAACUGGUAAUGGAAUUGUGGCCCAAGUUAUUGAAACAGAGUGGCAUGUCUGCACAUUUGCCUGCAAAGUUACUCAAUGAAUCGUGGGAAUUUAAUAGGCUAAAGAAUCUCCCCCGCAAUGUCACUAGUAGGGCAUGUGGUUCGUGGUCAAUUGCUUUUAUGGAGGCUUUGCUUACCGGCACAACUGUGACAAAAUUCGAAAGUCCAAUCAGCGACAACUCUAUAGGGAGGAUGCAAUGGAGAUGGGCAUUAGGUGUCAUUGAAAAGGUGUUGGAGCCCUAAGAUGGGCUGAUAAAUAAUUUAUUGAUUUUGCGUUUUUUGGAGCCCAAAUGUGGCAUGUUGAACAAUUUAAGUAUAUAUUAGGUGUUUUUUGAUGACAUUAUGUAAUUUAAGUAUAUAUUAUGUGUUCAGUACCUUUCUAAGACAUUUUGUUAAGUAUAUAUUAGGUGUUCAGUA